GUCACCAGCGCUCUAAUGCAGAGAGUGUCCUCCCUGUCAGGACCCGUGCCAGGGAAAACCAGCAACUUGGCAGAGAAUUGUUUGAUGCAUGAAGAAAAGAAACAAUUCUGCCAGUACAGAUUCACUCCUGGGACUACCUAACAUCAAAGUAUUGUCUCCAUUCAACUCUGAUCUUUGCUCCCCACCCUCUACACUGUUCCCUUUACCGUGAGAAAGUACAGCACGGAAAGCGCUGGACCACUCUGUUCUCAUCUUGCCCCGUGAGCCAGCAAUUCUUCAGGGACAGGGAGGGGGAAGGGUGGCAUGCCUUUACUGCUCAAAGAUAGGGCUUCGUUACAUCACCCUCCCCUCCUGACCACUCCCAUAUAUGAAGCCUUGCUGCCACUCAGCUCUGUGUGACUGGUCUUGUUUUUGGAGUCCCUGCUUCUGGGAACUCUUGAGGAAUAAGAGGCAAGAAAACCAGGCAGAAGUGCCUUCCUUUGGUGUCACUGGCUGAAGGUGAACUGCAUCCAGGGAGAACAGAGCUUUUAAAGUAGAAGAUGAAGACACGCUGUGUGGUGGUGGCAGUGGUGGCUGUAGCCCUGCUGGGGCUGGUCCUGUUCCUGGGGCUGUUCUUCGGGCUGCGCUCUGGGGACACACACACCUACAGGAGGGCGGCCGUGGCCACCGACGCGGGGCCGUGCUCCAUCAUUGGAAGGGACAUCCUCAAGCAAGGAGGAUCAGCCGUGGAUGCCGCGAUUGCAGCCCUGCUUUGCGUGGGACUCAUGAAUGCUCACAGCAUGGGCAUUGGAGGCGGCCUCUUCUUUACCAUCUACAGCAGCACAGGAAAAGUGGAAAUCAUUAAUGCGAGAGAAGUGGCUCCAAAAAACGCAUCAGAGGACAUGUUUGGGAACAACACACAGCUCUCUCUGAAAGGAGGACUGUCAAUUGCUGUUCCAGGAGAGAUCCGUGGCUAUGAGCUGGCUCACAAACGGCAUGGCAAACUGGCAUGGAAAGACCUGUUUCAGCCCAGUAUCAAGCUGGCAAGAGAAGGAUUCCCUGUUGGGAAAGGCCUUGCUGCAGCCAUCAAAUCAAAAGAGGAGGCAAUCGAAAGCAAUCCCUUGCUGUGUGAAGUGUUCUGCAAAGGAGGGAAAAUCCUGCAAGAGGGCGAAACCAUCAGGAUGCCCAAACUGGCCAACACCUACGACACUAUAGCCAACGAAGGAGCAGAUGCCUUUUACACGGGAAGCCUGGCAAAGCAGAUCAUUGCUGACAUCAGCAAUGCAGGGGGAAUUGUCACAUUGGAAGACCUGCGGGACUACAAUGCCACAGUGAUCGAGGACCCCAUACAGAUCAAACUCGGGGAGUUCACCCUCUACACACCCAGUGCCCCCCUAAGUGGCCCGGUUCUGGCCCUCAUUCUCAACAUAUUGAAAGGAUAUAAUUUCUCUGCUGCCAGCAUCAAAACCGUGGAGGAGAAAGGUCUGACCUACCACCGCAUCGUGGAGGCCUUUCGCUUCGCCUACGCCAAGAGGACUUUGCUGGGAGACCCAAAAUUUGUCGACAUUACAGAGGCAAUCAGAAACAUGACAUCCGAGUUCUUUGCGGAUAGUCUCCGGAGGAAAAUCACAGACAACACCUCCCAUCCCGUUGACUACUAUGAGCCCGUGUACUACACUGGAGACAAUGCCGGUACAUCCCACGUCUCCAUUGUGGCUGAUGAUGGCAGUGCUGUGUCCGCCACCAGCACCAUCAACCAAUACUUUGGCUCUGAUGUACGAUCCAACGUGAGUGGAAUCAUAUUUAAUGAUGAAAUGGAUGACUUCAGCUCACCUUACAUCAUCAAUGGAUUUGGGAUCCCUCCUUCUCCAGCAAAUUUCAUAAGACCAGGUAAACAGCCAAUGUCCUCUAUGUGCCCCUCCAUUUUGGUGGAUAAAAUGAAACGGGUGAGGAUGGUGGUCGGUGCUUCUGGAGGAACAAAAAUAACUACAGCAACAGCACUGACAAUCAUGAAUUCCAUCUGGUUUGGUUAUGAUGUGAAGAAAGCAGUGGAAGAGCCCAGAAUUCACGAUCAGCUGUUUCCCAACAUCACAGAGCUUGAGCAGCAAAUAGAGGAGGGCAUCGAGCAGCAGCUGAGGAAGAGGAGGCACGACACGGCGCGGGUGAGCGGCGGCGCGGUGGUGCAGGCCAUCCUCAGAACGGAGCGCGGCUGGGCCGCCGCCUCCGACUCGCGGAAAGGGGGCUUCCCUGCAGGCUACUGACCUGGCCCAGCUCCUUCUGCCAGCGCUCUGGUGACACCAAGGUGUGUUUGGGGGGAAGAUCCUUUAGAUCUGCAACUCAGGGACUUCUCACAGGAAAGAGAACACAUUUACCUGUGAUUCUGUCGAUGGAACUGGGACAGUUCUCUACAGCCAUGACCGAAGUGCCUCAUGCCACAGCCGUCUGCUAAGACAGGCACGUCCACCAGGACGUGCAGUACUUACUUGAAGAGUCUGUUCUGCCUUGAAGAGUUUGUUCCCUGCCUCCUCUCCAUCCCAUGAAGACAGAUUGGGUGCCCAGUUUCUGCAGAAGGUCCAGCUCACUCAAGCUGCAGGAAGCGUUUCCCCUGCGUGGUGUCAGCUACCGGGAAUGUCUCUGUGACUGCUAGAGAAGAUAUUUGUUUCCUGUUGAGUAGGUGAGAGUUACAGGACUCUGGGACUGGGUUUUCUAAGUUACAAACUAAUAGGUCUGUGCCAUAGCAGGAAGCCCAGCUCUAGACUGGGAUAAGCCAAACUCACCACUCUGUUAACAAAAGAUGUUUCUGCAUUUCACCCAGUUGAUUUUUGGAGAUGAGUGGGGAAAUGGGGAAAUGGAUUCAAACUUUUUUAUAUUUCUGUUGAGAAGGUCUAAAGGGAAGAUGCUACCUGUAAAACUCUGAGCACAACUAAAAUAAAUAAAUACGGAGUCACACA